AAAUAGAGAACAUGUUCAUCAGUGCCUGUGGGAUGCGGUCCAACCCGAUGACCUCCUCGGGCGACAGGGUCAUCGGUGGCUCGCAGGCCCAGGUGGGAUCCUGGCCGUGGCAAGCCAGCCUGCAGUUCCGGAACAUCCAUCACUGUGGGGCCGUCCUGAUCAGCAACACGUGGCUGUUGACAGCGGCUCACUGCUUCCGACAAAACACUGAUCCACGCCAGUGGUCAAUUACUUUUGGCAUUUCCAUACGUCCACCGGGCCAGAGAAGAGGAGUCCAGCGGAUUUCGAUCCACAGGAACUAUCGAUACCCAUUUCACGAGUUCGACAUUGCGGCGGUCCAACUGUCCUCCGGAAUCACUUUUACCAAAAAUAUCCACAGAGUAUGUCUCCCGGGAUCCAGCCCGCAAUACCCACCGCACACCAUGGCUUACGUGACGGGGUGGGGAUCCGUCUAUUCCGGCGGGCCCACCCAAGCCAAGCUCCAGCAAGCCGAAAUGCAAGUCAUCAGCAACGAUGUCUGCAACAGCCCGUCUGGGUACGACGGGGCCAUCACCGAAGGCAUGCUGUGUGCUGGACUACCCCAAGGUGGAGUGGACGCCUGCCAGGGUGACUCUGGUGGUCCGUUAGUUACGAGAGACGCGAGGCAGAUCUGGACGCUCAUUGGACUAGUGAGCUGGGGCUACGAAUGCGGGGUGCCGGGCAAGCCCGGAGUCUACACCCGCGUGACGGCCUACCGCGACUGGAUUAAGGAGCAGACUGGUCUCUGAAGUCCCCUACGGGAGGCAGGGCCUGCUCCUCCGAUAUCCCGCGGCUUUAUUCCACCAAGGCUUAGUCCUCGAACAUCAAAAGCCAUUCUCAGUUGCCGGUGCCACCGUGACUUCUUCAUUUAGCUCCUCAUCUGAGCUUUCCCCUUGGAGCAGCCCAAGUCCCUGCUGCAUCACAUCCUGCUUCCGUGUACUUUUUCCCGGGAACGCCGCUCGGGGGAGCGCCGACACCCCAGAUCCCAGGCACCCGCUAUCUUCCCAUUUCAAGAGGCUGAGUAUCCACCCGCCAGAGAACAGUCACUGCAUCCUAAUCGUUUCCUAUCCCCUGGAGCUGAGGCCUUCCUCUCCAGAGCCUCCCCCAAGACCCAGGGACAGCCUCGUCUUCCCUGCCCGGACACGGACCAAGAGACCAGGAUCCUAAAUUGAACUCGAUGGACAAGAGGCAAGCCCGGCGAUCGGCUGACUUUCUGGUAUCCGAUGCUUGGAUAGAGCGAGUGACGGAAGAGACAGACAGUGACCUUUUUCUUGACAGCGAGCUGACCCAAACCCCUCUCCAACCUACGGCUAUUAUCAGGCUGCCCCACUUCCAGAAGCAACCAAUUAAGGACGCUUUCCGCAUACGUCGGGGAGUGUUUUCUUUUGUUUCAUUUGAAUCUACCGCUCCGGAGCUCUAGAGAUUUAUCCCUCUGCUUGAUUAUGUGGGAUUUGGUCAGAAAUCAUUUCGUGUUUGCCCUUGGCAUCGCCCUUCAUGAUUCCGUCUUUGGUCUUGUCCCCUUUUAGCUGUUUCCUUUCCUGGCAGAAGAAGAGUUUAGAUUACCUUCUUUAGAAUCUGAGCCCCAAGUGGGACAGGGACUAGGUCCAACCUGAUUAUCUUGUAUCUACCCCGGCCCUUAACACGUGCCUGGCACAUAGUGAGUGCUUAACAAGUACCAUUAUAAGAAGAGAGAGAGCCCUAAUCUUCUCAGACUAUCCACGAGUUAAAACGUCUCCAUUUCCUUCAUCUUCUUGGUGAUCGCGCUUCUGUUCUCUACUGCCGACGGACAGUCUUUGCUUGUUUAAAUGGUAUUUGUCAAGUAAUCAGAUUGGACACUGCCCA